GCGCUGGGCGGCGCUCGGACCCCUCGGCAGCCGCAGGUGCCCGCCCCAGCCCAGCCCAGCUCAGUCCAGUGCAGCCCAACCCAGCCCUGCGCUCGCAGCUGCCGCUGCUCCGAAGCACAAAGGUGCCUUUCCUUGCUCCUGCUCCUUCCUCCCUGCUCUGGAGUUCUUCUCUUAGCACCUGCUCCCUGGGUGAAAGCAUCGUUCCCAGCCUCAGGGGAGGAAUGAAGGAAGAAUCGAGACUAGAUAUCCAACUAAGGCUUCAGGACAUGUUUUGAACAAAGAUGGGUGUUUCUGCCAGGACAGUAUAACUCAAGGAUCCAGGGCUAGGCAGAUUCAACCAUGGGAGCCAACACUUCAAGCAAACCGCCAGUGUUUGAUGAAAAUGAAGAGGUCAACUUUGACCACUUCGAAAUUUUGCGAGCCAUUGGGAAAGGCAGUUUUGGGAAGGUCUGCAUUGUACAGAAGAAUGAUACCAAGAAGAUGUAUGCAAUGAAGUACAUGAAUAAACAAAAGUGUGUGGAGCGCAAUGAAGUAAGAAAUGUCUUCAAGGAACUCCAGAUCAUGCAGGGUCUGGAGCACCCUUUCCUGGUGAAUUUGUGGUAUUCCUUCCAAGAUGAGGAAGACAUGUUCAUGGUGGUGGACCUCCUGUUGGGUGGAGACCUGCGUUAUCACCUGCAACAGAAUGUCCGCUUCAAGGAAGAAACAGUGAAGCUCUUCAUCUGUGAGUUGGUCAUGGCCCUGGACUACCUGCAGAGCCAGCGCAUCAUUCACAGGGAUAUGAAGCCUGACAAUAUUUUACUUGAUGAACAUGGGCAUGUGCACAUCACAGAUUUCAACAUUGCUGCCAUGCUGCCCAGGGAGAUGCAGAUUACCACCAUGGCUGGCACCAAGCCUUACAUGGCACCCGAGAUGUUCAACUCCAGAAAAGGAGCAGGCUAUUCCUUUGCUGUUGACUGGUGGUCCCUGGGAGUGACGGCAUAUGAACUACUGAGAGGCCGGAGACCAUAUCAUAUUCGCUCCAGUACUUCCAGCAAGGAAAUUGUACACAUGUUUGAGACGGCUCUUGUAACUUACCCUUCUGCCUGGUCACAAGAAAUGGUGUCACUUCUUAAAAAGCUACUUGAACCUAAUCCAGACCAACGAUUUUCUCAUUUGUCUGAUGUCCAGAACUUCCCAUAUAUGAAUGAUAUAAACUGGGAUGCAGUUUUUCAGAAGAGGCUCAUUCCAGGUUUCAUUCCUAAUAAAGGCAGGCUGAAUUGUGAUCCUACCUUUGAACUUGAGGAAAUGAUUUUGGAGUCCAAACCUCUUCACAAGAAAAAAAAGCGUCUGGCAAAGAAGGAGAAGGAGAUGAGGAAAUGCAAUUCCUCUCAGACAUGUCUUCUUCAAGAGCACCUUGACUCUGUCCAGAAAGAGUUCAUCAUUUUCAACAGAGAAAAAGUAAAAAGGGACUUUAAUAAAAGACAACCAAAUCUAGCCUUGGAACAAACCAAAGACCCACAAGAUGAGAAUGGUCAGAAUAACAACCUAUAAAGGCCUCAUGUCUUCUUCUUGGGACAAUCUCAUGCCAGGAACUUCUAAUUACAUACGUCAAGAAAAGCUGACAGUAGUUCUUCCCACUCCACACGUCAUGACUUAGAAAAUGUGAAUGAAUAUCUUUCAGAACAGGCACGACACAGUGAAGGAUCCUGGGCCUGAGCUCCUGGGAUGUCAUUUCAUACCAAUCAACUGUGUGAUCUAGAGCAAAUCACUCAGCCACUUUCUGUGCUUUAUUUAUCUAAAAUGAGAGGGUUGCACUACAUGAGCCAUACCCUGCCUUUUUAGUGCUGUGUUAUUCUAAACAACCUUUAUUUUUAUUUUAAAAUGAAUAUAUGAAUGUAGAUCUACUUUUUCACUCUAAUUACAUAGUGACAAAUGGACAAGCAGACACAUGACUCAAUGAGACUUUUCAGACCUAGAAAAUUUUAAAAAGUGGUCAGAAUCCCCCAGCCUACUUGGAUGAGGAUAAGGAAUUCUAUCAGGGAGGCAUGGAUAGGAUCAGAUUAAAUGUAACAUAGAUGGAUGAGGGUCUUCCAGUGGCGUGCUGGAGUCAGCAUCAGAUUUGCUUAUCUCAGGGGGCUGGAGCCUGCCGUGCACAUCACUUCCCAGCUCCCUCUUCAGCCAUGUGAAGGGGGUGACUUGAAAUUGGUAAUAAUGGGAGUAUUUACACCAUGAAAACUGGCAAAUGCUAGUUUCUUCCCUCCUAGAAGCCAAUUGCUAAAUAUUAGCACACUGAUCUCCUUCCAAGAAGCAUGUUCCUUGAGGGCUAAUUGUCCCCUGAAUAUUCGCAGAGAAUUGUAUCUGGAGAGGACCAGAAGAGAAUGUCGUCACACUGAAAGUAUGUUCACUUUGCAGUUCGGCAAAGUUGCAUCUUACAUGGGAGUUAUAGUCUAAGUUAGAAAUGAAUUUAGAAGAUAGGAAAAUUUACCAUAAAACCCCUUAAAUUACUUAUAACAUACAAGAAGUAUCUUUUUUCAGUGAAGCCCAAUUACAGUGUCACCCUUCACUAAUGAAACAAGUCAUUGUUUCUGUUUCAUUUUGAUUUAGUUAUUUUUAUUUUUGGUCUCAUUUGGCUAAUACAAGAUGAGCUAAAAUGUUGCACAAAUUAUACUUGUCUUUAUAGACUAGAAUUACUCUUUUUUUUUUUCUUUUCAGGCAAAGUCUCACUCUGUCACCCAAGUCGGAGUGCAGUGGCAUGAUCUCUGCUCACUACAACCUCUGCCUCCUGGUU